UCAGGUAGACUUGCUACCAAUCCACUCCCUAGCCAACUCGAAUAAUACUCACUUGCUCUACAUUGUGUGAAACUGUCCUUCCUGGGCGCUAUGCGGGCUUACACUUCCCUUCUGACGGCUCUUGGCCUUACGGCGCAGCUCGGUGCUGCGACCUACACAUUGUUCGAUGACUAUACCAGCUCGUCCUUCUUUGACCGGUUUACCUUCUUCACUGACACCGAUCCUACGCACGGCUUCGUCAGCUAUGUCGACCAAGCUACAGCACAGAGCGACGGCUUGAUUUCCACCAAUACCGACGGAUCAGUCUACAUGGGCGUGGACCAUACCAACGUCGCCAGCAGCGGCCGGGAAAGCGUACGCCUCACUAGCAACAGCCAGUAUACCCACGGGCUGUUUAUCGUGGACCUGGCGCAUAUGCCCGGUGGUAUCUGUGGUACCUGGCCAGCAUUCUGGCUUCUUGGCUCAGACUGGCCCAACAACGGCGAAAUCGACAUCAUCGAAGGCGUCAAUCAGCAGACUAAUGACCUGAUGACCCUCCAUACUAGCGACGGCUGUACCAUCAACAACUCCGGUUUCACUGGCACCCUGGUAACUAGUAACUGCUAUGUCUAUGCGGCGGACCAGUCCAGCAAUGCAGGUUGUGGCAUCACUUCCUCCAGCUCCCAGUCUUUUGGGUCUCCCUUCAACUCCCUCGGUGGUGGUGUCUAUGCCACGGAAUGGACCAGCUCCGCCAUCAACAUUUGGUUCUUCCCCCGCGGUAGCAUCCCAGCCGAUAUCACCAGCGGCAGCCCGAUUCCAUCCACCUGGGGAACCCCCGCCGCCAGCUUCGCGGGCUCCUGUGAUAUCGACUCCCAUUUCAACGCCAUGCAGAUUGUUUUCGACACAACCUUCUGCGGCGACUGGGCCGGCAAUGUCUGGAGCUCAGGGUCCUGCGCCUCGUACGCCAGCUCCUGCACAGACUACGUCGCGAAUAACCCCUCGGCGUUCGAGGAUGCGUACUGGACCAUCAACUCGUUGAAGGUCUAUCAGGACAGCAGCAUUAACAGCAUCCUGAAUACGACCGCCUCGGGGCGAUGGCCGGGUAUGUCGCAGCAUGCGCGUGGACCGGCGUCCCUGCGGCGAGGACGCAGGGAGACGGGAGGGUACGAGUAUGCGUUCCGUGCUUGAUUGACCGUACAGAGGGACUCAGGUAGGGCUAUUUGUUAGAAUGUCGUUUGGUGGUUAUCACUUUUGCUUUGGGGGUAGUUCUAUGUUGGUUUGCGAACGGGACAGACAUUC